AGUAAAAAAUUAUUCUGUAACCAAUUGGUUAGUAGCCCAACACUUAAGUGACCAUUAAUUCAUUUCCGCUGGCAAAAAAAAUAAAAAAGAAUUUACCAAGUAAACAAUUCGCCGGCGGAAGACUUCUCCCUUGCUUCCUUCUCCUUCCCAUUCUCCCUCCCUCGCUAUUUUUUGUGUUUCUGUUUGGACAUCCAAAUUCCAAAGCCUAGGAGGAGCCAAACAACGACUUCCCACUACGACCCCACCUUCCUCUCCUCUUCUCUCUCCUUCUUCUUCAUCUUCUUCUUCUUCCUCCCCUCCUGGCCUGCCCUCUUCUGCCUCUCCAGAUCUUAACAGCCUGUCCCUCUUCAGCUUCCCAAGUUCGGAUCUUGGCCAAUUUGGAGAUCUACUGUCGAACACAAACCCAGCUCACUGAUUCACUCAUUGAUUUCUCCUCCCCUCCUCUCUCCUCAGGUACUCAUCAAAUUUAUGAUUGCUGUUGCUUUCUCUUCUUUGCCAUCCAAGUCGCAGUCGCACUUCAAUUGGGUUUCUUCAGUAACAACUGGCAGUGAAUGAGACUGCUGCUUCGUUGAGCUUCGAUAGCGUACUUUCUGGAUUGAAGCUUUUGCCUUUCUUGGGAUUUCCGAGAAGGGGGAUUUCGUGACUUUCGUUUGAGUGCUAAUGGGUAUUUGGAUUCGGUUUGACUUUGGCGGCGCAACAGUUGGUGGAACACUUGGGAAAUUUGGUUCUCUCUUUAGUUGGCCGAAUUCUUGACCUGAAAUCAAAGCCUUCUGCUACCUAAUGGAAUAUCUUGCUGUCCGUUUUCUGUUGCUUUAGGUUUCUGGAUUCAAUGAAUAAAGUCUCCCCAUUUAUUGGGUUUGGCCUGAAAGGGUUUGUUUUGGUUUGUUUUGAAGGAUCUAAAUGGGUGCUACUUUUGCUUUUCUGUUCCCAGGAUAUAUUGCUGAUUGAAAGGGGGCUGCUUCACUUCUUGGGCGAUCCCUGAGUUCCCUCUGCAUCAAGUUUUUAGGGGUCAUUUUUAGAUAUAAAUGCCCGUUAGUGGGAUUUGAUUAUGAAGGGAGGAGCUCAAGGGUGGCGUUUUGGAAUGGGUGAUGUACAGAUCUUCCCUGGACCUCGCCACCGUGCUCCAUUGAAGAGGCCCGUAUGGAUCAUUGUCUUGGUUUCUAUGGUCAGCUUGUUCCUGGUUUGUGCCUACGUUUAUCCACCUCAGAGUGGCACAGCUUGUUACCUCUUCUCUUCCAGAGGUUGCAAGGCUUUGUCCGAUUGGCUGCCACCUGCUCCAGCUAGGGAAUUUACUGAUAGUGAGAUAGCUUCACGAAUUGUAAUUAGGGAGAUCUUGAGUGCCCCUCCUGUCAAAUCUAAAACAUCUAAGAUCGCGUUCAUGUUCUUGACUCCUGGUCAGCUGCCUUUUGAGAAACUGUGGGAGAAGUUCUUCAAUGGUCAUGAAGGGAAAUUCUCUGUUUAUGUCCAUGCCUCCAACAAUAAACCAGUGCAUGUGAGCCGGUAUUUCGUUAAUCGGGACAUACGCAGUGAACGGGUGAUAUGGGGAAAGAUAUCGAUGGUUGAUGCUGAGAGACGCCUUUUAGCCAAUGCUAUGCAAGAUCCUGACAAUCAGCAUUUUGUUCUGCUCUCUGAUAGCUGUAUACCAUUGCACAAGUUUGACUAUGUCUACAACUACCUGCUGUAUACAAAUGUCAGCUUCCUCGACUGUUUUUAUGAUCCUGGUCCUCAUGGCAAUGGCAGAUAUUCAGAGCAUAUGUUACCUGAAGUUGAAAUAAAAGAUUUCAGAAAAGGUGCACAGUGGUUCUCAAUGAAGCGGCAGCAUGCUAUGAUAGUUUUGGCUGAUAGUCUUUACUACUCGAAAUUCCGCGACUACUGCAAGCAUGGCAUGGAUGGAGGGAAGAACUGCAUUGCUGAUGAGCACUAUCUGCCAACCUUUUUCCAUAUGAUCGAUCCUCAAGGAAUUGCAAACUGGUCAGUAACAAAUGUUGAUUGGUCCGAGAGAAAGUGGCAUCCAAAGUCAUACAAGGCUCACGAUGUCACUCGUGAACUUAUAAAGAAUCUUACGUCAAUUGAUGUCAGUGUACAUGUAACAAGUGAGGAAAAGAGCUUGGACGUGGAUGAGCAGCCAUGCAUAUGGAACGGGAUUCAAAGGCCGUGCUAUUUGUUUGCGAGGAAAUUCCAUCCAGAGACUCUUGAUAAUCUGCUGCAACUCUUCUCUUCCAACUAUACAGCCAGAUGAGUGACAUAGUUUUUGACUCUUUUAGAAGAAUUCUUUGGUUGGAUGAAUCAGUGGUUUCUUUGAAAAUUGAGACACCUCCCAUCGAAAGAAAAAGAACUCUUGUGUAUCUUAAGAAAAGGGAUUUCUAAGUCAGCCCCUCCAGAUGAAAAGCAGCGGUUGGAUUUCUUGAUUCAUAUUAAGCUAAGGGGAGGAUAGUGAUGAGGAAUAUAGUUCAGAGUUAUGGUGAGAAGGCAAUGGUGGUGGCUAACAGAAUGUUUGGUGGGAGAAAUAUAUGAAGAAAAUUGGCUGCAGCCUUUAUUUGUUCUCCAUUUUGGGCUAUGGACCUUUUUCUAUAUUGGGUAUAGUUAAUUUUUUCCAGGGGGGUACUUGAAAUUUGUCCUGAAAGCUUUAGUGUUUUGGAUCUUCUUUUCUUUCUUUUCCUGGUUUUAUUGUAAAAGUUGGAAAGGACAGCUCUUUGUGAGGUUGGAAAUACAACAGUUGGGACUAUCCCCUCCCCCACUUUCAUUUUGGUAAGGAAAUAUCAGUUUAGCAGCAGCCUUCAGUAUGACUUGCGGUCUGUUGUUACUUCUUUGUUGUAUUUAUUUCCUGUAUUUGCUUUUCUAUGAAUAUGAACAACUAGAACACAGGGGAGAGAGAGAGAGAGAGAGAGAGAGAGAGAGAGAGAGAGAGAGAGAGAGAGAGAGAGAGAGAGAGAGAGAUUAUCAUAGGAUUGGGAAGUAAAGAGAUGGAAUGACAACAACGAGAGCACCAUGCAUGGAAAACAACACACAACUCCUCUCAAAAUGAGAUAAAAAGGGAAAGACAACAACAAAAGAGAGACCAUCACUCGACUCAUCAUGUUAAUGUUUGUUUCUCUUGGACUCCUUUUUCACACCUUUCUUUUCCCCUCCUUUGGUUUAUGUUGGAUGCUUGGUUGCAUGAACUACAUGCUCAUAGGACUUUCAGGAUCAUUAAGAGAUGCAAUUGCAGCUUCUAUUUUAUGUCUCAGUUCGUCUUUUUCCUCUUCUUCUGCCUGCAAUAAUAUAAUAUAACAUAAAUUCAAUCCCUUAAAAAUGAGUUCUCUAGUUCAAUAACAUAAAAUCUCAUCUUUGCAUAAAAACAAGUAUUACAUCAUUGAAGGUGGGCAUGCAACAAUUCGCACCGUACUUAACCGGAAUGAAUCAAGAUUGAUAUAAUAAAAGUAGUAUACAUCUCUUCAAUCUUUGGAAAGUAUUUUCGAAUUUUAGAAUUUUGUUUGUCUCACUUCCACAUAUGAAUUGAAUCCUCUUAAAACAACAAUAAAAAAAAGGAUCAUAUUGAAAUCAAACCAAAUGAGCUUAUAUGAAAUAAGAUAUUAAUUCAAUUCUAAUUAUUUUUAUACUGACAUAUGUAAAUUGGAUAUGCUUCUGAACGAAAUCGAAGCAAGCACACGCCUUUCUUUUAUAUGAACGAUGGAUGUGCUAGUACAAACAUGUGAGAGGUAACACGAUAACAUUAAUAUAUGAGCACAUUGGCAAAUAAUAUGUUUAUGUUUCUUUAACACAAUCGAAUCUUGUAAAUCACAAUUAGAUGUAUAGCCAACUUGCCCACACUCCAGCCGUGAAUUUGGGAGAACAAGAGACUUUACAAGAUUCAAAGGGGAGGGCCAACCCUAGAAAUUGACACUAUUAUUUUUUAUCCAUCAAUUCAUACAUUAAUAAAUUAUUGUUAUUAAU